AAGAUCCACACCGUGACAUUAACAUUUUGGAAUUGGUGUCUUGUGAGAGGUUUUUUAUUCAAGCAGACCAUACGAUAGCGUACGUUGUUUACCUUACGAAGAAAAUGGAAUAAUUUACGUCUGUAUUGGUUCAAGAAGGUUUUGAAAUAAUUUCAGUUGAUACAUAAGUUAUGGAUUUCCAGAAUCGUGUUGGUGGGAAAACAGGGUCAGGAGGCGUGGCCUCGGCCUCAGAGACCAAUAGGGACCGCAGGGAGAGGCUACGACAACUCGCCUUAGAGACUAUAGAUCUCAAUAAGGACCCAUAUUUCAUGAAGAAUCAUCUUGGAUCAUAUGAAUGUAAGCUAUGUUUGACACUACACAACAACGAGGGAAGCUACUUGGCUCAUACCCAGGGCAAGAAGCAUCAGGCCAACCUAGCUCGGAGAGCUGCUAAAGAAGCGAAAGAGGCACCUGCCCAACCCGCACCAGAGAAACCUCGAGUUGACAUAAAAAAGUUUGUCAAGAUUGGUAGACCUGGUUACAAAGUGACAAAACAAAGAGAUCCCGAAUCACAACAACAGAGUCUACUGUUUCAGAUUGACUACCCAGAAAUAGUUGAGGGGAUUAUACCUCGACACAGGUUUAUGGCAGCAUACGAACAGAAAGUUGAACCUCCAGACAGACGUUGGCAAUAUUUGUUGUUUGCUGCAGAACCAUACGAAACCAUUGCUUUCAAGGUUCCUAGCAGGGAAGUUGACAAAGAUCCUAAGAAAUUGUGGAGUCAUUGGAAUAGAGAAACUAAACAGUUUUUCCUGCAGUUUGCUUUCAAGGUAGAGGCAAAGGCACCACAGCCGCCUCCAGCACCUCCAAAGAGAGAGCCACCAUCUCAGCCUCCAGUCACAGAAGAGGAGAAAGAGGGUCCACCAGGGGCUGGUCCACCCCCUAUGCAGAUGCCACCACCCCCAAGAAUGCCCCCUCCCCCUCCAAGAAUGCCCCCUCCCCCUAUGGCAGGUGGUCCGCCAGGGAUGGCACCUAUGCCCAGGCCCCCAGUACCACCGGGCCCUCCUCCUAUGGCACCACCUCCUAUGCCUCCAAUGGCAGGAGGCGGACCUCCAGGAAUGGGUGCUCCUCCCCCUCCACCAGUUCCUCCACCCCCUCCCAUGUCUGUAGGUGGACCUCCAGGAAUGCCAGGGAUGGCUCCACCUCCUCCACCACCCCCAACAUCGUAAACAAACAACAAACAUUGACAUUAAUAGUAAUCUGGGUCAUAUAUGUCCAUUCCACAUUCACAUCAUUGACUUACAUGUACAAAGUUGAAAGAGAAAUAAGCUAAAUCAACUACUGUUAAUUCAUGUUUUUAUGUGACAAAGAAAUAGUGUUGGAUUUUGACAUAAAUUAUGAUAUCUACUUGAAGUGGCAAUAUUAUUUCAAAAGAGCAGUGUAUUUUAAUUGUAGAUGUAAAUUCUUAUUAAAACAUGGAAGUAACA